GCUUGUGAUAAGCGCGCAGCUCCCGCAGUUUCGAUUAUGCUGAGGGCGUCGUCCUUUUGGGGUCUCCCAGGUGAAGGGAGCUGAUCGUCCCCGCCCUGGGGACCACCCCACCUUAGAAGCCCCUUCUCCCCAAAGGAGCAUUCCAGAAAAUCCAGUCUUGCACCUGAGAAGAGCCUGGAAUCCCAGACCUAAACCAGUGAAAAAUCCCGCUGAGCUAUGGGUAAGGCAUUCUCCCAGCUCACCUCUCAGCAGGAUGAGGACAAGUCGCUCCUACCUGAUAACCCAGCCAGGGCCAGCAAGGCUGCCAACUACCUCAGCAGGGGUAGCAGCAAACCACCGUGCUCCCAUGUGCCUUAUGCAAGGGUUGCUGGUACCAGCUUUGUGAUGUGUCCUACCUGCCUAGGCAAUGGGGAGAUCCCCCCAGAGCUGGAGAAGCAGCUGGUAGCCCUCAUCCCUUACGGAGACCAAAGACUGAAGCCCAGACACACGAAGCUCUCCGUGUUCCUGGCGGUGAUCAUCUGCCUGCUUGCUUUCUCCCUCACCAUCUUUUUCCUGUAUCCACGGUCCAUUGUCGUGUACCCCAUAGGCCUCAACUCCUCCAUGGUGACCUUUGAUGAAACUCAUAUACGACUCAAUAUGACGAAUAUCUUGAACAUCUCCAACAGCAACUUCUACCCCGUCAGGGUGACAGAGCUGACUGCAGAGGUUCUCCACCAGACCUCUGUGGUGGGCCAGGUUACCAACAGCCUCCGCCUGCACAUCGGACCUUUGGCCAGUGAGCAGAUGCCUUACGAGGUCGCCAGCAGGAUUGGGGAUAACAACACAUACAAAAUCUGUACGUGGCUGAAAGUCAAAGUCCACCAUGUUCUUUUGCACAUCCAGGGUACUUUGACCUGCUCCUACCUGAACCAUCCACAGCAGCUGCCCUUCGAGAGCUUUGAAUAUGUGGACUGCAGGGAGAAUAUGUCACUGCCCCACCUGGAGAGCCCUCGCCCAGCCUGACAGUACUGCCCCUGUCCUGCAGGCUCCUGCAGGUUGUCUGCAGCUCAACUCCAUGGAGCUCAAGGAAGGACUAGUGGCUUCGCUGAUGGAAGCAAACAUCUGGCUUUGUGGUGCCUUCCUCUGACACCCUCAGCACAAGGAGCUUCUUUAACAAUGCCAUAGGCUCUGACUCCUCAGGUGUCCCAGAGUCACUUCUGACAGUUCCCACCUGUAGUCUGUGCUCAGACUGUCUGACUGACUUGGCAUCGUCUUGGGGCUGAACAUGUUGGUUGCCCGGCUCUCCCAGGGUGGGUCAUCAGUUGGAAUGAAGAGAAAGCUUAUCUAGAUUUUAACAGCACAGAUGAAUCCUUUUCAUGUUCUCCCAGUAAUAGUAGCCUUGAGGACAUGCAGUGCUGGCUCCAAGGUCUUUUUAGGUGACUAUAAAUGUUCUCUUGUGCUGUCUGUUAUGGUCAUGUGAUAGUGAUGGUGAUGGCCUGCUUCUCUCGACCUGCAUACGACACCAUCUAAACCUCUUCUCUGUAGAGCAGCUUUAAUGUUAUCGUCACAGCAGAAGCUAAGUAGCUGAGGAGAGGCCAUCUGGUCUGCCCUAGACCAAAGGCAGAGUUUUUUGAAAAGGUAUUUAUUAAAGGUAAGUUUCUAAGUAAGUUUCUCACAAUCCAGAGCCCAUGUGAGUAUUCACAGGUAGGUCAGACAGAAGAGUAUUCCCAGUGGCUGUGUUCAAAAAGCCUGAAGGACAUAAAGCUUUUAAAUGUCAGGACAGAGCUGUGAGGCUCCCGUGGGUUCUCUGCUCGGCAUCAGGCCCACCCUCUGUUCCCAAGGCCUCUGCUGUCCUCUGGGCCUUGACUGAAGAAUGAUAGAUUCACCAGAACUGGACUAGAUCCCUCCUUGCCUGUCUCUGCACUGGAGCCAAACCCCAGGUAACCCGCAGGUUCCCCCGGGACUCCAGAGGCGGUAUCUGUAUUGCAAGAGAGCAGGGAUGUGUGUUCACUAAAGCUAGCUAGCUUUGCCCUUCAGACAGGUGGGGAGGGACGAACAUGGUGGGUGUGGCGGGGGAAGCUGAAGCUGAAGAUAGAUGGAUACAAGGAGAUAGGUAACAGAACUAUGUAACUAGCUGGGGCUACAAGGAGGGAGGGAAGUCUGUCGUUGCCAAGCCAGGGUUAAGGUACCAACAAAACGCAGAGACUCAGGGAGGUCAGGCUGAGGUUGCAAUGUAUAAACCACCAAAUGUGAAAGGUUUUUAUCAAUAAACUCUAUUGAGCAGUGUUGAAGGAAAACGGGGUUCCUGGGCAGAUGAACGAGGAUGCUGGUGUGCACUCCACAUCUCAGACCAUUUGAUUUUCUGUGUGCCUGCAUGUGGAGGUCAGAGCACAACCCUGGGUGUCCUUCCUUGGGUACUUUUUUUUUUUUUUAAUGUGUUUUAUUUUGAGACAGGGUCUCAUUGUGGAGCCCUGACUAUCCUGGAACUCACUAUGUAGACAAGGCUGGCCUCAAACUCACAGAGAUCUGCCUGCUUCUCCCUCCCCAGGGCUGGGAUUAAGGUGUGCACCACCAUGCCUGAGUUUUUGUUUUGUUUUGUUUUUUUGAGACAGGGUUUCUCUGUGUAGUUUUGGUCCCGUCCUGGAACUCACUCUGUAGACCAGGCUGGCCUCGAAUUUAUAGAGAUUCACCUGUCUCUGCCUCCCGAGUGCUAGAUUUAAAGGUGUGCACCACUGCCCAGCUGCCAAGCCCUAUCCUUAAAACAGUCAAGGUCCAGGGAUCUACCUAUCUCUGUCCCCCUGGUCCUGGGAUUAGGGAGCACGUGCCACCAUGCCAAGCUUUUCUCACAUGGGUUCUGAGGAUUAAACUAAGGCCUUUUUGUACCUGCAGGAUGAUCACCUGUGUUCCCUCCCCAGGCUUCAAACCUUUGUGCUCUGAUAGGCAUGUAGACUUCCAAGACCUUCCGAAACAUGUUCUGUUCCUCCGGCUUCUAAGAGAUUACGCCCAGAGGCUUGAUUUUUUUUUUUCCAUUGUGUAUUCCUAAACUGUCUUUGAACUUUAAUAUUCCUGUUCCAAGCCAGUUCCCAUUCUGUCCCAGCCGUCCCACUCAGGCAUCAUCCCUAGACUAUAUAUAGUAAGACAGGGCUCCUUACCCAAAGGUGAUGCUCCAUGGACUAAUAUGAAAUGACCUAUUGGUCCCCAGUUAUGACUGACAUGUCUGAGGGAGGCUUUCUCAGCACUGGAGCAGAAGGGACUUCACAGGACUUGUGUGUCUUCCUUGAGGCUGACUUUGAGGGCCCCCAGUCCUGCCUCCUCUUCCAGCGUGGGCUGGUAAAGAAGGGAGAUCUGGAGUUUUGGGGGUCUCCUGGCCCUCUGCUAAAUGGAAAGUAUGACACCCAGGAAGACAGAGUCCUGAGGACUUUAGCAGACAAGUUCCUUGCCCCUAAGGUCAUGUGUCCUCAGUGUCCUCAGCCCAGUGCGUCAGUACCCUCUUCUUCUGAAUUCUCUCACCCCCUUCCCGCAUCACCCACCUAACAGCUCAAUACCUAAUAUGGACCCAGGACUGCAUAAAGCUUGGACAUCCCUACCUGCCCCCUCUUCCCACUGCGCUCUAGUGUGAUUACAGCCCCUCCCUUCUCAGGCUGUAUCUCAGUAGGCAUGAGCUUGGUUAGCGUGAUGGUCAUUGAUAAGCCGAGAUGUCUGCCAUCACUGGAUAAGGAACAGUGGUAUAGCUGUAGGAGGUGCUAGCUUGAGGUGGGGCUCAAGACCAUGUUCUCCCUUGGCUUGGCCCCAAACCGUGUGGACUCGACUUCUACUCUCUUCCCUCCUCUACCCCCAGGUGUGGGUCCUUCUGCCCUCCUCCCCCAUCCCCUGCUCAGGAAGCCGACCAGCCUCCUGGUUCUUUCCAGGAAUCACAUUUUAAUCCCAACUAGCCUCCUCUCCAAAUGUGGCUGGCUUUUUGGAGUAGACAGGUUGCAAGUGGAAAGAAAGUGUGGUUACUGUCUGUUUUUUGUUGCUGUCUAGGUUUUUUGUUUUGUUUUUUUUUUGGUUGCUUUUCUUUUUGCUUUGUGGUAUCAUCAGGUCUUGGAGUCCAUCUCUGGAUCACCACUGCUGGAUGUAAUUCGUCGACUGAAAAAGUGAGGAGACAGGAAGCAAAACAAGUUAGUCGUGUCUGGGUGGGCUGCUUUCAGAAUACUGUGUUAAGUCUCUGAGGCCAGGACUCUAAAAGUCAGAUAAAACAGAGCAGCUGCUCCUCUGCCCAAAGCGCCUGAGAACCUGCACAGGUGCCCUCACCCUCGGUGACCGUACCCCACCCACUCCUGCCGUUUCAGGCUCUGAUUAGGAGUUACCCGUUGGUAGUCUGGCCUGUGGCUCAAGCCAAUAAUCUCAUCGACUUGGGAAGCUGAAGUGGGAGGAACACAAGGUCAAGGCUUGCGUGGGGUACAGAGGGGGUUCAAAGUGAGCCUGGGAAACUUAAGAUCCUGUCUCAAAAUUUUAAAGUGGGAGGCUAGAGAGAGAGCUAGCAGUGAGAGUGCUUGCUGAGGCCGGGCGGUGGCGGUGGCGGUGGCGGUGGUGUCGGAGGCGCUCGCCUUGUGUUGCAGCACUCUGGAGGCAGAGGCAGGUGGAUCUCUGAGUUCCAGGACAGCCUGUCUGGUCUAUAGAGGGAGUUCCAGGACAGCCAGGGUUACACAGACUU